AUGGUCUUGUCCGACCGUGUUGCUCGACCGCCCUCAUCGCGCGAUGGUGCCGAAAGAACCCCCCGGAAGAGGCCAGACGGGCCUUUUUCUGGCAUGAACCGGACUGUUGCCAACAUUGAUCCCUCCAAGAGACGCGGGCCCGUUCCGACCGAGGCCCAGACCGAGAAGCGGCGCUCUCGUGGUCGGGAUGAUCGCAAGGGCUUCAAGGCGUUGAAGAUGCAGAGCUCUCUGGCAACUAUAGGCUAUGGCCAAAGAUCGCAUAUCAAAUCGCGACUCCCAGAGUUCGAAUCCUUCGACACGUUUGACCUCCUCCCUUCCAUCAAGGAAGCCAUAUCCUCGGAUGUCUUGAAAGGCAUGAUCGACAUCAAGCCCACGCCCGUGCAGAGGUUGGCGGUGCCGGCGUUGCUGGGUCAGAAUUCAAAAGCUUCUCGUAACGCGAGAUCCGCUUCCUCUACCGCUGGCCGGCAGGAGUUCCUCCUCGCCGCUGAGACAGGCUCGGGGAAGACACUGGCGUAUCUGUUGCCUGCUAUCAAUGCUCUCAAGGUCGCCGAAGCACAGGAUCCAGAGAUCACUGCCUAUAAUGAACGGAUAGCGGAGGAAAAGGAGCGGCGGAGCGAACCCGGUUACAAAGGUCCGCGCGUGUUUGAGCCUCACCCGACCACCGCACGCCCGAAAGUGGUUGUGCUGGUACCGACCGCUGAAUUGGUCGAUCAAGUGGGCGCAGUUGCCAAACUGCUGUCCCACGCCGUCAAGUUCAGAACCGAUCUUUUGUCUGCCAACAUGUCGGCUAAGGUGAUCGAGAGAAAUCUCUACUCGCCUUCCGGCAUCGACAUGAUCGUAGCAACCCCCCAUCUCCUCGCGUCCAUUGCGGAGACCGACCCGAAUGUCCUCUCGAGAGUCUCGCACCUCAUCAUCGAUGAAGCCGACUCUUUACUUGACCGCAGCUUCUCCCAGGUCACGACCAAGAUCCUCGACCGUGCCAUGCCGUCGCUAAAACAGCUCGUCCUGUGCUCGGCGACUAUUCCCAAGCGCUUGGACAACUAUUUGGCCAAGCAAUUCCCAGACAUGCAGCGAAUUACGACGCCAAACCUGCAUGCCAUCCCCCGCAGAGUCCAGCUGGGUGUCAUAGAUGUGUCCAAGGACCCCUAUCGAAACAACAAGAACCUGGCCUGUGCAGACGCCAUCUGGUCCAUCGGUAAAGAGGCUGCCAGGCACGACGGACCCGUCAAGGGCGAAGUCGACAUCAAGCGCAUCAUGGUCUUUGUCAACGAGCGAGAAAAGACGCAGGAAGUCGCCGAUUACCUCGUCUCCAAGGGCAUAGACGCCGUCGCCCUGCAUCGCGACUCCCCCGAGCAUCGGCAGUCCGAGAUGCUGGCGUCGUUCACGUCGUCAGAGCCCAUGACUGCGCCUCCGCCCGCGUCCGAGCAGCCCAAGGGCAAGCGUUCCUUGCCCAAUACCAAGGUCAUUGUUGCCACUGAUCUGGCUUCGAGAGGCAUCGACACACUCGCCGUUCGCCAUGUGGUGCUCUACGACGUCCCGCACACCACCAUUGACUUCAUCCAUCGACUCGGCCGUGCCGGGCGCAUGGGCAGGAGGGGCCGUGGCAUCGUCCUCGUCGGCAAGGAUGACCGCCGCGAUGUGGUUGCGGAGGUGAGAGAGAGCAUGUUCAUGGGGCAGGCCCUUGUAUAA